UACCGGUGUUGAAUGUGUUGCAAUCGUAUCUCUCUCUCUCUCUGUCCGGUAAGUCCGAGCACACGCAGCACGCAGAACGCAUCACGCGUAUGCAAUGCAGACACACACACACAGCCCCCCAAGUACAUACGACUAUGUAGAUGCACUCACUCACACACAGACACACACAGGCACACUUAUAAAUCGCCAUGCCAUGCAGACCAGACAGCCAAAACCAAUCCACAGACCUGCGAUGGUUGGGGACGUCAUUCACGGGGCGGGCGAGAAAACCUGCGAUACUAGAGAAAGGGCCCGCGAUAGAAGCCUUGGCAGGCAGCGCAUGAAGAGGGAAAGGGAUCGGAAAGCUCUCUGUCUGCCUGACUAGGGAAGUGGCAGUGUGCACGUAGGCAGCCCAUCCAUGUAACUACCUAUGUGAUGUAUAUGGCGAUGAUGGACUAUGGAAUGAAUCAGUGGAGCUAUGCUCGUGUACUUGAGGAUGCGUACGUACGUCUACACACCCCUUUGGAUAUGACUGACUGGCUGACUGACUGACGACUGACUCACUGACUAGCUGGCUGACUCGAGCGACAGACAGAGAGACUUCUCUUCUUCAGAUAUGCGUGCGUACAUUGACACAGACAAAGGAGAAGUUAACACACCCACAGCCCCAUACAGCUACUCAGCAUAUGCAUACAGACGCCUCUCCAUGUGUGCAUCGAAAACCCCACACGCAUGUAGGUAGCAUAGCAGCACCUGGCCGUCACGAUCGAUGUCCCUCAAGCUUCGUGACGGUAAAAAAACAGCGAGCGGCUUUGUACACCUGCCUGGCCUGUACGUGUGCCUGUGUGUGAAACUUCCAUUGCGCAAUGCAUUGGGAAACUUGACACCCUUCGCCAGCCAGCAGUGCCUGCCUGCGAUAUAAUACAACCAUCAUCCCCCCUCCACUCCACUGACAAAUGACAAUCCAAUCGCAGCAACAUCAUCCAUCCCGUCAAUCCAUGUACACACGCCACACGCUACGUCACGCACAUCUGUUGACAUGACAUCGCCGCCGAAUUAGCUCACACACACGCACCUGUCUCUCUCGCUCGCUCUCGCUGUGUGAAUGGUGUGAGGCUGCCUGUGUCCCCCUCUCCCGUCGCGUCAUCUCUAGGUGCAUAAAAGUACAUAUUCUCACUAUCACGACUGACUGACUAUCUUGCCGUGCCGCGUAUGUGCGCAUGCAUGGCAUGCACCCCCCCUCACCACAUCAUAUCAUACAUCGUCCCUCAUUCAUCCCAGCUGGGGCAGGUCGGUCGGGGGAGAAGGUGGCGGGCAGUACCGACCGAUCGCCGCCCGCAGCGUCUCAUCUCCAUCCAGCACGCUGAUGCAACCGCUGCUCGUCGUGGCCGUCGGCGACGCGAUGGCCUUCUGCGACAAUGACAGACUCUCCAGGAGCCCAAAGAGAGACGGCGCCGUCGACCGGCCCGUCUGCCCACCAGCUGGGGUGAGCUGAUCGCCCUCAUUGUCAGCCGCCUUCUCAUUGCUGUCGGGGUGGGACGGCUCGGAUGCUCCGGAUGGCUCUGUGGUGUCCUCUGCAUCGGCUGCGGCCUUCUCCUGCGUCACACAAGGGUCGUUCUGGAACGUCUCGACGUACAUGUCGCCAUCGCCCCCCUCCCGCGGCCGCCAGGUGAUGCCGGGGGAGACCUGCUUCGUCCUCUGGGCGGCGGCGUGUGUGCGGCUGCGCGUGCUGCUCUUGGCGUUGGUGGCUUGUCGGUGUCGGCAUAUCAUGCAGGUGCAGAGGACGCCGUCGGCAGCGGCGGCGACCACCACCAGGAUGGCAAGAGCCAUGACGGCCAUGUCAGGGCCGGCGGGCGGUGUGAAGAUCUUCUGCCGACUGUGGUCGCUGGCGAGGCGGCGGAGCCUCCUCUGCCGUUUGUCGCCGCUGUUGGUGGCACUGCCGUCGACGCUUGACGCCAUGAGGACCUCUUCCUCGUCUGUGUUGAGUGGGUUGAUGUCGAUGGGGACCUGAGGACUGCAUGUCUCGGCAUCGUUGGGAACCAGGUCCCAUAUGCAAAACUGCAGGAUGCAGGGAUGGAGGGUGGGUUGCUCUGGACAUACACGUACACACAUACACAUACACACACACACAGAGGAUGUGUCCAUUCUGUCGUUGGGAGGGUAAGCGUACCGAUCACUUCAAAUCGGAUGUACCAGGUGCCGUUGUAGUAGUCGCGUGGCGUCAUGAAGUCCUCGGGCCAGCCCUCAGGCAGCGUCACGUUGGCCUUGGUCUCCUCGCUGCCGUAUUUCUCCAGCUCUAUCAAGUUGAAAUACGAACCUGACCACAUACAUUUACACCAUGAACACAGAGACGGUGGGAGUAAGGACGAGCAUCCACUCACCGGCCGGGUCGUAGCUUUCGUCCAUCGUGAUGGUCUCGUCCAUGAUGAGCAGUACGCCAUUGACAUUCCCGUCCUCGGCGUACUUGGCAAUGUCAAUGGUGGCCUCGUGGCCAGCGGGAGCAGCAAGCACGGUGAGCCGCGCCUUCAUGGGGUAGUAGUCGGUGUGUCGGUCCCAGCAGCGAUUUUCAGGAUCGGACUCUUUCUGUGUCAGGUGGCAGCCUGGCAGAGGCGACAGGGCUCUUGUCAUGGUUGUGUGUGCUGCUGUUGAUUCUGAUAAGCGUGUGUAGUCACCUGGGAAUGCCCCCUGGUCGCUGUCGCCCGCCCGGAACGGCACGCCGAUCUUGUCCCAGCCGGCGGGAGACUUGAAGUCUACCUGCAGAAGGACACACAAGUGACAGCUCGUCUGUCUACCUGGUCUCCUUGAUUAUGCCUCCACUCACCGGCGAGUCACUGUUGUGCUGCCACCAUUCAGCCGGGCUGGUGACGAGAAUGCCCACUCCUCCGCCCUUGCCAGCCAUCUCUUCCUCUCCCUCUAUAUCGCUGGGUGGGGCCGUCGACACCAACGCUGACGAGACGAAACAAGACAAUAAGAAAGGAAUGAGGGACCGACAGAGUGCCUGCCUGCCUGCCUGUGAGUGCAUACCUGGGUCGUAUUCGAGCACGCUGCACGACCAAGUCUCUGUGUCGCCAUCGGGUGGGCACGCAGCCUCGAGGGGGCGGCACUGGGCAUAUGUCUAGUCGAAGGUGGAAGCAGGCAGGUCACACGCACGUAUCCACGUUGCCGGUCGGUUAGCCAGCUGCUUACCUCGUCUUUCUCCAUGCAGUAGUGUGUGGGGUCCUGGCAGCAUCGAGUGCCCAGACAGUCUUCGAAGUCGGCAGAACAGUCCAUCUCACGAUUGACAUCUGCCGGCAGGGGCGGCUCCUGGGGAAUGUCAUUUACCACGGAGCUGCACAAGAAGGAAUCAUCCACAGAACGAUCAGUUGUCGGCUUGAGAGACGUUCUUGGCUUACUCAGGGACGAUAAGUGUGUCGAUGAUGUGCACCACACCGUUCCCUGCCAGCAGGUCAGCCUUGACGACGGCAGCUCUCUUGUUGCCGGCAGUGACGGCCUUGCUCGUGUAGACCAUGGGUUCACCGAGCAGAGGCGUCACACUCUCAGCCUCGGCCAUGGCCGCUGCACAAGAGAUAGAUAGACUAGACAUAAGAGGUGCCUUCUCCUUGUGGGCCAUCCCACCGUCUGUGUAUGUGUCCCAGAUGACGUGGUGGAGCAUUAACUGAUGACACACAGACAGGGCUUGGUUCGGAUCGCACAUUGCCCCGCCAUGUCCCCUCCUCACUCACCUCAUUGAGUUUGUCAGACUUCCUGGCGACCAGGCGGGCGGUAUCGGCGUCCAGCUUGCCGAAGGCAUCGUUGCUGGGCGCCAGGAUUGUGUAAGUGGAAUUUGGCUCCACCAGCAGGGCAGACAAGCCCGCCACCUUGAUCCACUCCCAGAAUGUGGACGUCUCCUGACAGACAGAGGGACCACAGCAACGCAACACCCCUUAUGUGACGGCUGGCUGGAAGUUUUGUCCAGGUACCGACCUCUGUUGUGGCCAAGAAGGAGAUGACCGUAUCAUUCGCUGCUGCAACCAUGCCUGGUCAGGUGUCCUGUCUUGUAUUGUCUGUCUCCUUACACUUACCACCAUCAGCCGUAUCGGCUUCGUUGGACAGCACCUGACAGCUCCACUCCCACUCAUCUGGGGGACACGCCUCGGCUGCAGGCCGACACUGAGCAAACUCCUGAACCCACCACAGACCAUUCAACCCCGUGUUGUGUUGGUCAUGUCUUCAUGUCUGUGUGAUCGGGUAUUUUGUUUCGUCUACCGCAUUUGAUUGUUUGCACUGGAAGUCCUUGCUAGCGCAGCAGUGGGUGUGGACGCACCCAUCAAAGUCACUAGAGCAGCCGGCAGGGCCAUCCACUGGAGCUGCCACUCUGUUGAUCUCUGCAACGCGGACAGAAAGACACACAAGGAACACGGAACACGUCAAGUAACCGCAUCGGCCUCCCUCUCAUCGCACCUCUGACAUCCCCGUCAGCAGGCGGCCCCGUCAGGACGGCCUCCCAGUAGGGAGCGCAUAUCUCUCGUUGGAAGUCGUCUUGCCAUAUGCAGAACUGAAAGGUCGUGCUGGCGUUGCUCGGCUGCUGAUAGACCUCAUAGCGGAAGAACCACUCGCCCAGCGUGAAGUUGUGCGGUGACGUCCAGUCCUUCGGCCAAUAGUCCGGGAAAACGCCUACAGGAACGACGCACACACAUCAGCACUCGUGCGUCUGUGCUGACAAUGCGUGCAUCUAUCGGCUGACCUACCGCCUUGGUCGUGGACGGGGUAGUACCAGAAGCCGUGAUCGAAGUUGGGCUUGUUUUGCUCGACCAUGGUGAUCUCCUCAUCGAACGCCAAGAACUGACUGGUGUUCUGCCCGCUGGGCAGCUCACUCUUGGGCGUGUUCAUGUAGUAGGCCCAGCCCCUGAAGCUGUCCCCGCUGGCCACAGCAACCACCGUCGCUCUGAAACUGAUCGGUAGAUACGCCGCCCGCCGGUUCCAGCACCCAUCAGGACCCUUGGAGAGGUCCGACACGAUGCACCCGCUAUCGACCAGCUCGGAUGUGCCGGCAGACUCCUCUUGCAGCCUCCUCUUGGUCUCCUGCGCGACGGGGAUCCUCAGUUCAAGCUCGGGCAUGAGGGCGGCGAGGUCGGAUGCGUUCAUCAUGGAGCGCAGGGGCAGCCCCAGGUGUUGGAAGGUGUGCGGCCUGUCGAACUGGACGGGGCUGUCAGGGUACUUCUCCCACCACGACGACGGCUUGCUGGAAGUGAUGGCCACGCUGCCGCCAUGCACUUGCCACAACCAGCAGCAUGAUGAGGCCGCCAGGGCCCAGAGGAGGCGCAUGGCGGGGCCGCCGCCCAGCGUUGUCCGUGGUGCUUCUCUUGUGGCGUGCGCCUGCCCCCCUGCGUGCGAAAGCAAC